GCAUCGCUCAGAGGAUCCGUGCUUUGAGAUUAUAUUGUCAUUUCAGUCAUGCAGCUUCAAGUGGUCAAGACGACACUGGUCAUUACUCUACUUUUUCCAGCUGUACUGUGUGAAAGUGGCACCAAUUGUCCAGAGGUAAAAGUGCUCAACUUGGGCUCUGAAAAAUUCACAGUCUUGCAGGGAUGCCCUGGGUCUGCAGGCACACCUGGUACACCGGGACAAAAUGGUUAUCCUGGAAGCAAUGGUCAAAAUGGCACUCCAGGGAUUAAAGGAGAGAAAGGGGAGCAAGGUACCUACGGCAAGAUAGGUCCUCAAGGAGAGAAGGGAGACAAAGGAGACAGAGGAAGCCAAGGAAUCUGCGCGACCUUCAAUGAUUCUCUUUGUCAGAUAGGUGCCCGGAACUGCCUGCAGCAUCUCGAGCGGGGAUACACAAUCAGUGGCUGGUACACAGUGUACUCCGACACCUGCAAAGCAGUGACAGUUUACUGUGACAUGGACACCGAGGGUGGAGGCUGGACAGUUUUUCAACGACGCAUGGAUGGCUCAGUGGAUUUCUAUCGAAAAUGGAAUCCAUACAAAAUUGGCUUUGGAAAACAGCAAUCUGAGUUCUGGCUUGGAAAUGAAAACAUUCAUAUUCUGACUCGAAAUGGUAAUUAUGAACUGCGAGUGGAUUUAGAAGACUUUGAAAAUAAUAAAGUCUAUGCAAAGUAUGAGUCUUUCAAAUUGGAGGGGGAGACAGAUCUAUACAGACUUCGCCUGGGAAUAUACACGGGAGGCUCUGUAGGUGAUUCGCUUGCUCUUCAUAACAACAAGCCAUUCUCCACAUAUGACAAAGAUAACGAUGAAGGCACUCAAAACUGUGCGGUCAUUGUGAGUGGAGCAUGGUGGUACACAGACUGCUAUGGUUCCAAUUUAAAUGGGAAAUAUUUGAAGGGCCAAGGAGGGCCUUCCAGUUAUGGCAUUGAUUGGGCAUCAGGGAAAGGGGUCGGCUACUCUUACAAGUACACUGAUAUGAAGUUUCGCUGAUUUUGUCACCUGCUGUUCUGACAUCCAA